AUGUCCAGCUUCUUCCACUUCACACAAGGCACUGAGUCUCGCGUCCGACCAAAUGACACUUCGCCCCUGCUAGGACGAUUUCGAGCCGUACCUCCUCGGCCAGACCUGACACACCGGCGAUCUAGCCAGCUUGGGCUGCUAUCGAAUCGACCCUCUUGGCUUAGCGACGGGAGAGGCAGUGUCCAUGUUGGGUACGGAGCCCUGGUGGCUGCACGGCUAGCUGCCGAGGUUGAUGACGAUGAUGCCAUAGACGACGACGAACAGGACCGUGACGAUCACGACGGCCUUUCCAUGUGGCGGAGGGCUUGGCAUAGCUGGGUCAUGGACUUGUGGGUGAAUCCGAAGCAGCUAGCCGUCAAGCGGACCGUGGAUAGGUGGUGGAGCAGGUAUGGCCUUUUGGUGGUUUUGCCGGCUGCCUUGGCCAUCGCGUGGUGUGCCAUCCCUUUUCCACAGUACCCUCUACCCGAGGACGACGAUAACAAGUCGCCAGGGGAUGACGCCCGCAAGCCCCCCAGUUACGGUUCCGCCGAGGUCCAAGUCAACUUUUGGUUCUUCCUUUUCGUCUACUACGGAUUCUACAACGUCGUCGCAUUGAUAUGGAUCACCAAGGUCUUCAACCUGUACAGUCUCAACUGGUGGCCCGAGUCGCUGGGGUUCCCCCUGACGGUUUCCCUCAUUGCCGUGUUGUCCAUUGCUGUCCCAAUCCCCCUCUACUACAUCCCCGAAACGCGCUGGCUCACCGUCCACAAUACCUCGUGGAUCUCAUGGACCUUCAUCAUCAUGGCGACACCUGUGGCUAUCGCCUUUUUCAUACUCAUGACCAAUGAGAGACACAUUGGUCUGCGACAUUCAUUGUCUGAAACCCAACGUAUUUUUACAACGUCGUGGUGGAAUGGUGAACCAGACACUCUGCCUCCUAGGCGAGACGGACGCCGGCGCAACAACACCACCUCCAACGUUUCGGAGCCGGACAUGUUGUACGUGGCCCCGCCGCUGCGCUCGCAAGCAGUAGUCAUGAGGCGAAGGUGGUUGCCAGCAAGCUUUGUGAGGUUCCUUUGGCUCUGCGUCGCACUGUUUGUCGGCUUCAUGGUGUACGUUAUCGGAGAGGCAUAUGCCGAGUUGUAUGUGCAGACUUUGCCGCACAACAAUCUGGAGACGGUCGUUUACGUCUACGGCUGGGUCGCCACGGUGCACCUCUUGGACGCCUUGACGGGCUGGGUGCUGGGCAUCCGCGAGGGCGAGCGAGUCGGAAGCUAUCCGCUGAGCUGGGUCUUUAAGCUCUACUUCAUGCUGACCUACCAGACCUACGUCCGUGCCCUAUACGCGCGGCUUCGCUCUCCGGGGCAGUUCAUCAGUCUCCAGAUUCUCUCGUCCACGUCCCUCGUUGUCAUCACCCCCAUCAUGAUGACUCGCUUCGUCCACCGCAUCUUGACCGUCCUCGGUCUCAACGGCCUCAGCUACGGGUCCUACCAGAAACUCCAGACGCGCAACGUCUUUAUUCGCUUUCUCGCCGAAAACACAUCCAUGGCCACCUUCCUGGGCAGCGUCGCCAUCCUGCACUACGGCGCCAACAAGGCCGUAUAUCCGUUUUUUGCCUUUGACAACUUCAACCUCACCUUUUCCGCGUCCUCCAUUACCUGGGCGUGCGAGCUGAUUGCCAGUCUUGCGGUGCGACUGCUCAUCAGGCUCUGCUUCGACGUGGAUGUUGGGCUGGAGGGCCAGUGGGAUUUCACCUUGUGGCCAGAACUCCUGCCAACUUGUGUGGCCGUGAUGCUGCAUGUUUUGCAGAACAUGCUGUUUUCCAUAAUACGGCUUCAGUUCCAUUGA